AAUGGAAAUAAUGUACUGUACUAAAUUCCAGUGACUUUUUUAAUCUUGAAAUUAGAGUUUACGCGUUACAAUUAUUUCAGUUUUGCUAAUUACAGACAUCCCCCACGUCGUCCUCUGCGCUAUUCCUCCCGACUAGAUUCAUCGUCACUGUCUGAGAGAAGUUGAAUUCCUAAGUCUGUGUUUCUGAAGAUCGGUAGCUAUUUUUUUCUCUUUCUUGAUCUGCUGCUUCUCUCUCCAGAAAAACUAGUUAGAUGCUUAUUUUUUGGGGGGGUUUUGAUUUUGUGUAGAUCUCCGAUCUAAUUUCCUUCAGCUCGAAUUUUUCAUGGUAAAGGUGGGACCUUUUUUUUGUCCCGAGUCAAUGCCUCAUUCACAUUUUAUAGAAUUAGUACUAGUUUUCUUUAGAGCUUUUUGAUAAAUCUUUUAGCCUUGAUUCUGUUAAUCUAUAGAGAGAUUUAGCCAUACCUGCAGAUCUUCGAAGAAACAUUGAAAUUUGAUAUUUCUUGAAGUCCUUGUUGCAGCGAUCUCCCAAUUCAAUCUGCCUGUAAAUAAAAUCAGGCAGGCUAAUCCUUACCUGUUUAGCACGUCGAGGUCCAAUGUCAUUCCGAAGUAUAGCACGUGAUAUAAGAGACAGUUUUGGGAGUUUAUCACGUAGGAGUUUAGAUGUGAGGCUUUCUGGUCAUCAUAGAGGUAAAUCACAUGGUUCUUUGCAUGACUUGGAUGACCAGCCUAUGGUAGUUCAGAAUUGUCCUUGGGUUAAUCUUCCUCCCGAGCUACUCUACGAUGUGAUUAGAAGGUUGGAGGAGAGCGAGAGUACCUGGCCUGGCCGAAAACAUGUGGUUGCAUGCGCCGCUGUUUGCCGAUCAUGGAGGAGCAUGUGCAAGGAAAUUGUUCGAAUUCCUGAGUUGUCUGGGAAGCUUACUUUUCCAGUUUCACUAAAGGAGCCAGGGUCUCGUGAUGGAACCAUCCAAUGCUUUAUCAAGAGGGACAAAUCUAAUUUAACUUACCACCUGUUUUUGUGUCUUAGCCCUGCUUUGCUAGUUGACAAUGGGAAAUUCCUUCUCUCUGCAAAACGAACUCGUAGGACUACUUGCACUGAGUAUGUUAUCUCAAUGGAUGCAGACAACAUCUCAAGAUCGAGUAGCACAUAUAUUGGAAAAGUCAGAUCAAAUUUUCUUGGGACCAAGUUCAUAAUAUUCGACACACAACCUCCACAUAAUUGCUCGCACAUUGCACCACCGGGGAGAACCAGCCGCAGGUUCUACUCCAAGAAAGUUUCUCCGAAAGUGCCAACUGGGAGCUACAGCAUAUCCCAAAUUUCAUAUGAACUAAACAUGCUCGGGACACGGGGUCCACGGAGGAUGAACUGCAUUAUGCACUCAAUACCCGCCUCAUCCAUAGAACCCGGUGGGGUGGUGCCCGGGCAGCCAGAACUUCUUUCGAGGCCUCUAGGAGACUCAUUUGUCAGCAUUUCUUUCUCCAAGGCUCUUGACAUUUCGUCUGAAUUUAGUAGCUCAAGAUUUUCUGACAUUGCUGGGAUAUCGAAUUCAGACGAUGACAGCAAACUGAGGCCCUUGGUUCUAAAGAACAAGUCUCCGAGGUGGCACGAACAGCUACAGUGCUGGUGCCUGAAUUUCCGAGGGAGGGUGACUGUUGCGUCUGUGAAGAAUUUUCAGCUGGUUGCGGCCACACAAGCGUCGCCUAGCGCUCCAGCUACUUCUCGGCCAGCGCAAUCGGACCAGGACAAAAUAAUUCUUCAGUUUGGGAAGGUUGGGAAAGAUUUAUUCACCAUGGACUAUAGGUACCCACUUUCUGCCUUUCAGGCAUUUGCUAUUUGCUUGAGCAGCUUUGAUACCAAAUUGGCUUGUGAAUAGAGACAAGAUACCCAUGAGUUGCUCUUAAAAAAGUAGUUGUAUGCGUCUAGUUCAACAGUUGUACUAUAUUUUUCAUUGAAAAGGAUAUUGUUGUAUUUUUCCUUUUUC